AUGUCUAUAAUACCGUACAAUCCAAAUAAUAAUGAUAUUUUAUAUCAUGAUCCAAAUGAAGGUAUAUUAAUUCUUCAUGAUACUCAAGAAAACUCAAUUCAAUUACUUUCAACAUUAGGUUCUUCGACUAAUCAUCAUACAGAAUUUUCAAGCACAACAGCUCCGGCACCAAAUAGUAAAUAUGAACAAGAUUCUAGAUUUCCUAAUUUUUCUGAUAACGGAGGUACUAAGAAAUGUCCAAGUUGUGGGUUUGUUUGGAAAGAGUUUGAAAGGGCACCAAGAUCAAGAAGGGGAAGUACUACUGGAGGUUUUAAUAUGAGACAGCCAAUUGGAAUUGAUUCAAAUACUUUUAUGCAUAAUGAUUAUUUUAAGUUAUUAGCUCAAAUACCAUUUAAUGAUAAAAGCAGUAAUAACAAAUCAAGUUCAAGUAGUAGUAUUCCAAGUGGGGUUUUCAAUCAAGGCUAUUUCAAAAGAUUUUUUAGAAAAGUUGAUCCAAAUCCAUUAGGUUCAGGAGCUCAUGCACAAGUUUAUAAAGUUGAACAUAUACUAAAUGAAAUAGUAUUAGGUACAUAUGCUGUUAAAAGGAUAAGUGUUGGAGAUAAAUAUGAGUUAUUAGAACAAGUUUUGAAUGAAGUUUUGAUUUUAUAUGAAUUAUCAGCAAAAAGUGCAAAUGAAAAUAAUUUAAUACGGUAUAAUCAUGUUUGGUUAGAAUUAGGAGAAUUAGAAGAUUCAAAUGCUUUUUUUUUGUCUGAUUUAAAUACCAAAACUUUCAAAAAAUCAGAAAAGGUACCUUACAUGUUUAUAUUGCAACAAUAUUGUGCCGGUGGACAUUUAGAAGAUUUAAUAAAUAAAAAUUACUUAAUUGAAGAAAAUAUGUCAUAUAGUGAAAAAGUUAAAUUUGAAAAACUGAAAAGAAAGAAUAGAAAUUUGAAUCAAGAUAUUAUGUCUCAUAAAUGGUUAAGUAAUUUUGAAAUUUGGAAAUUUUUUCAUGAUAUUGCAAAUGGAGUAAAUUAUUUACACAAACAUGGUAUAUUACAUCGAGACUUGAAACCAUCAAACUGUCUCUUGGACCUUAAGUAUACAGAGAUUGAUUCGAUUCCACAAUUUUUCUCAAGUGUUGAAGAAUUUGAAUCCAAAGUAUUUGACUUACCAAAAGUUUUAGUAUCAGAUUUUGGUGAAGGAAAAUUUAUAGAUAAGCAUCAAAGUUCCAAUUUAGGUAAAAUUGGGAACAGAGAAGGUAACACGGGAACUUUAGAAUUUACUGCCCCGGAAUUAUGGCUAUGUAAUGAUGAUCCAAAAUUAGGUGGGAAAAAUUUUAUAAAUGAUUUUACUUAUGAAAGUGAUAUAUACUCCUUAGGUUUAAUUCUUUGUUAUUUAUGUGUUGGUAAAUUACCAUUUUCUGAAAUGAUUAAAGAUGAAAUUGAUCCUGAGGUAGCUAGAGAAAAUAUUUUGAAGUGGUAUGAGAAAACAACUUUUGAUUCGUUUAGUGAAUGGUUUGAUGAAAUUGUUAAAUCUAAAGGUAGAGAAGUUGAUGAAUAUUUAUCUGAUUUUAAACAUUUGAUUUGGAAAAUGUUGAAAGGAGAUCCUGAUAUAGAUGAUAAAUCCAAGAAUUUUGAAAGAUGUAGUUCAAAAGAGAUAUUAUUAUAUUUAAAUGAUAUGAAAUGGAAAAGGUUUGUAAAAAGUGAUGGCGUGCAACCUUUAAAUGUAUCAUUAGACAAACAACUGGUCAACAAUUUACAAUUAAAUCGAAAUGAUUUAGCACUUUAUAUGCCAAAUUACAAUAAAGCCAAAAGCCCAAAAUCAAAAGAACCUGAAAAUAAAGAAGAAGAAGAAGAAGAAGAGGAUGAUGAAGAAGAUAUAGAAUUUUCAAAAUUGAAUGAAAUAGAUCACUUAAAUUUGACAGAAGAAGAAUACGAAACAGAAACAAUUCGUAUACCACCACUUUUAUCGAGCCCUAGAAAUAGUAAGGAGAAGAUUAAAACAACAACAAAAACAAAAAAAAUUAAAAUUUCAACUUUUAAUUUAGAUCAAUUUCAAGCUUUACCUUUUUACAGUAUUGAAUUAUUAUUAUUGGAAUAUUUAUCAAUUUAUUCACCUCAUUUCUCACAAUUGAUUUUAAAAAUUAUAAUAUAUUUCACCAUUGGAUUAGAUUUAUUUUUGGUUGAAUAUAAAGCUGUAAGAACUGGUUUGUUUGUUUUUAUUUUCAUUUCUACUGCUAUUAUGCUAGGUUAUGCUAUUGGUGGUGGUUAUAAAUUUUGA